AUGCGGUUCUCUGGCGUCGUUCUCGCCUCGCUGGCAUCCAUUCUGGUCCAUGCUCAGAACAACACAACCUCAUCCUGGCCAUGGCAAACCUUCAAAUCUCGCCCUGGUUUCGAGCCCCCGGUACUUUCAGUCAACAAGACUGGUGACACCGCACCGGGAGUUAUCACUUUCCCUCAGAGUGGAGGUGGGGCCCAUAACUACAGUCUGAACAUCUUCCAAGAAGAUGGCGAGUUGGUUUGGCAGUCUGGCUACGGCGACUACGCCGCCUUCAGAGUUUCUGAUCUCUUCGGCGAACCCGUACUGGCCUACUUCAGUGGCAUCUCUCUCACAGAACCUUGGGGUUUCGGGUAUGGAGUAAUCUACAUCCUCAACCAGCAAUACGAGAGCAUCUACAAUGUCACUCUCUGGAACGAAACAUACCCACUCGAGAGCAUCUAUCCGCUGUACGAUCCUACUCAGUACCAACCUUUCAGCUGGGUUGAUAUGCACGAGAACCUUAUCACGCCCGAGGGUACGAUGUUCAUCGCCGCUGUGAAUGUUACCCCAUGGGAUUUAUCAUCCAUCGGCGGCCCGAAGGAUGGGUGGGUUGUGGAUUCCAUUGCGCUUGAGCUCAACGUUACGAACAGUGAGAUUCUUUGGCAGUGGAGCCAUCUUGACCACGUGGACCAAAUCUCGCUCGAAAGCGCUGUGCCAACGUAUCCGCUUGGUGAGCUAGGCAAGAACAGCAGUUACCCUUGGGGCCCGUUCCACAUCAACUCCAUCGAAAGAUUUGAGGAUGGAAGUUACUUGCUCUCUUCAAGGCAUUACUGCUCCAUCUACAAGGUUUUCCAAAACGGCACCGUGGCAUGGACUUUGAACGGACAUUCCGGUGGCGACUUCGCCCUUGAGAAUGGUCUUUCCUUCUGCUACCAGCAUGACGCGCGUAUUCAUCCGUCUCGUUCGCCCAACACCACCACCAUCUCUCUCUUCAACAACGACAACAGCGCCGUUGUACCUAAAGUCAACGAAACUACCGGAAUAUUCCUCUCCAUCGAUGAGCGCACGAUGACUGCGACAUUGCUACAAGAACUCGCUGACCCAGACGAUGUCAUCUACUCAGUCAGUCAAGGCAACAUGGAAGUCCUCUCCUCCAACCACUCUAUCAUGGGAUACGGCAGCGUCCCGACUCUGAAGGAGUUUGAUCAAGAUGGCAAUGUUGUGUUGACUGUGAAAUGGGGAGAACCAGAGAAGGUGCAGAGCUACCGCGCUUACAAGGCCGAGUGGGUUGGUAAGCCGAGCACCAAACCUGAUGUGUACGCCUGCAAGGCGAGCAACGGCACAGAGGUCUACAUGAGCUGGAACGGUGCCACCGAAGUUGACACGUGGACCGUAUUCGGUGGUGCAUUCAACGGAACCCUUAGCAAGGUCGCCAGCGUUGAGAAGUCUGGUUACGAGACCAAGGCAGUCGUGGGUCACAAGCUUGGGUUCGUGAGGGUAGAGGCAAGUGGCGAGGAGAUUGAGACUGGGGUCUCGCGUGUCGCAGCAGUAUCGGAGAUGUGCUAG